AUGUUUAAAAUUUUAAUUUUCCUCUAUCUUUUAUUGGUUAUUAUACCUCUUCAUUCCUCAGAAAAAUUCCCAUUUGAAAAAUAUUUAGCAGACAAAAUUUUAUUCAGACAAUCAUUUUUUGAUCACGAUAGUGAAACUGUCUUGAAUUUUUGCGAAAUCAAUGGCAAAAGAAGAGGCAAAGGCAUCCAAAGAGGUUUUGUUUUUUUGUCAAAGGGGAGUAAUAUAUAUGUUCAAGAUCAAAUUGGUCUCAAAGAUCAAGGAUUUAAGAAGAGGUAUAGGGAAGAUUUUAAAACUGGACAAGAUAAGUUCAAAAUUUAUAAUUAUGAUCCAACAAAACCAAUGGAUGAUAAAAUAGAUUUCAAAAACGGUAAGUUAAUAGUUGACUUUGUGAAAUAA